AUGGCUAUGGGAGAUGCCUCUUGGCACACAGUCAAAGAAGCCUUGGGUUGGAACUGGGGAGCGACAACAAAGACAUUGCACUUGAAAGAGAAACGAGUGAGCAAGGCCCUGUCACUCCUGGGUGAGGUCUUGGAUUGCAAACGCGUCUCCCUGAAACGAUGGCAGCAGGUGGUGUGGUUGACUCCUGAGGUCCGUGAGCAACUGGAAAUCUUCCAAAAUUUUCUUCAUGGCCAUGCAAAGAGCCCCACAACACUGGAAGAGCUGGUACCAGGCGUUGACUUACACGUUGGCGCUUGUGAUGCGGCAAAGUCGGGAAGGGGAGGAGUGUGGUUCACAGAUGGUGAAGAGGCCAUCGUCUUGCGCGGACCAUAUCAAGAAGCAGUGAAAAAAGAGGUCAUUUCAGACCACAAUCUGACAGGAAAACUUACCAACUCAGGCUUGGAGCUGGAGGGCACCGUUCUCCAUCAUUUUGUUCUUGGAAAGACAGCCCAGGUGGAAGGUGAAACCACUUACACUGGCUGUGACAACACACCAGCAGUGUCGUGGCGCACAAAAGGAUCUUCCAUCUCUUGA